CCCUAACAUACAAGGCCCUCCCACACAGGAGCAGGUAAACAGCUCUGACAUUUGGCUGGUAGGCAUCUCUGUGUCCUGCGCUCUCUUGGCAGCUACCGCAUAGAAAGUCGCAUCCAGGCUCUGUGCUGACGCCUUUGCUCAGGCUGUGCGUUUCUUGCAGGGUUUCUGAAGGCGGGUGGGAAAGACGAAAAGAGGAGAGUGGUCUCGGAACCUUCGGGAAGCGGGACCCGUGCCUUCUACUUCAGUGGAAACAGAAACAUAGGUGGGUCUUGGAGGAGGGACUGAGUCGCAGUUCGAGGGCGGACCGCAGCGGCUCAGGGGAAGGUGACUGUGAGACCCAUCGUUCCCAGUCGGAACAGUCGGCCUGAACAGGGCUUUAAUGGUUGCUUUAUCCGAAGACUGCGCUAGGAGUAUUUGGAUCUGUGAUUCCAUCAGUCCAAAAGGGCCAACACGGACGCUCUGCCAAGGAGGUGAGAGCCCAAGAUGGCGACUUGGGGGUGAGGGCGGUUCAUGUCUGUGGAUUGUCAGGGCCGGGAAGCCUCCUGUGUGAGCUCACAUUCCAGUAAAGAAUCUUGCUACCUGCUUGGCAUCCAUUUUUUGGGAGAGUUGGGGUGGAGAAAGAUCGUUAAUCUGAGACCGGAUUACAAAACUGGGAAUUUUCACACGACCCAGAAAUCCCAAACUGCGAGCCUGGGAAAAUUAUCAGUAUCUGGACUGGUCUCAGCUGGGAAAUGACUGUAUUUUCCUGCCUUCAGUGUCAGAUGAAGUUGAUGUCAUCAGUGCUUUGAGGCUGCUAAGUUCUGGGUGUUCAGUCCCACAUCCAGUGGCUCCUGCUGAGUCUUCUCAAGGCUCUAUUUCCAUCAAGCUAGCACCAAGGUUCGUUACAACAUAGCUGUGUCCGCUAAUUGCACAGUGUUUUGAGUGGAGAAUCUAGGACCAAGCCAUGAAUAUCCUCUCACUCUCAUGAUUAUACGAUUCUCCUUCUUUCGAGUGUAUCCCAGUAUCCUCUGCGUGUUUCCAGGGGCAAAACCAAAACCAAGCAACUUACAAACAUCAUGAAUGAAUAUGUGGAGUUGGUGUCUUUUGAGGACGUCACUGUGAAGUUCACCUGGGAGGAGUGGCAGAAUCUCAACGACGCUCAGAAGAUGCUGUACAGGAGUGUGAUGCUGGAGACAUAUAAUAGCCUGCUGUCACUGGGGCAAUGCAUCCCUAAACCUGAGUUGAUCUUUAAAUUGGAACAGGGAGAGGAGCCAUGGACAGCAGAAGAACCUGCAAACAAGACUCUGCCAGUAUUCUGCAGUGUGGAUGGCAUAAUUGAGACCAACCAGAAGAGUCGAGAGAGACAUUUGUGGCAAGUUACUGCCAGUGGCCACAAUAGAGAAACUGAGCAAGCACGUGGACCAGAAGACACUUUUUAUUUAUACUCCAUGAAUAUUUCAAAUUUUGUUGUAAAUAAUAGAAACUGUUCAGGAGUGAAGCCUGAGGAGUUGAAUGGAUACCUGAAUAGAUGUCACCCUUUGGAGACUCAUGAAUUGUGUAUUGUAGAGCGAUAUAAUGACUGUUGUGUAGCAGGGAAAUCUGUCAGAUGCCCUGAGCAGUUGGGUCAGUGUUCUAAGAUUGAAACUGGACAGCAGGAUUUCGAAUAUAUCAGAGAAAGGAAAGAUACAAAGGAGGGAAAACUAUUGAAAAAAAUUACUCCAUCUAAGAGACUUCAAGUGGGACUGACUUCUUGUAAGCAUAGUGAGUGUGAGCCACUUUCUGUUCAGUCAGAUGUCAUGGCUAAUGUAGGGAAGGCAACUUUUAGUAAGAAGUAUAACCUCACUAAACACCAAGCAACAAACUCAGGGAGAAAAUCUUGUAAAUGCCUUGAAAGUAAGAAAACCUUUCCCAGUGAAUUAGACAUUAUAGAACAUCAGAGGACACAUAACCAGAAAAAAGACCAUGUAUGUAUCCAGUGUGAGAAACCCUUUAGCACUAAAUCUUCCCUUACUAUUCAUCAGAGAAUUCACACAGGAGAAAAGCCCUAUGGAUGCAGUGAAUGUAAUAAAACCUUCAGACAAAAGUCAGCUCUCAUUGUACAUGAGAGGACUCACACUGGAGUGAAACCCUUCGAAUGUUGUGAGUGUGGUAAAGCCUUCCAACAUAAGUGGUAUCUCAAAACGCACCAGAGAACUCAUACUGGGGAGAAACCGUAUGCGUGUAUAGAAUGUGGAAAAGCCUUUCUAAAGAAGUCAUACCUCAAAAUGCAUCAGGGAACUCACAAGAGUGAUAAACCAUAUGAAUGUGAGAAAUGUGGAAAAACCUUCCAUAACAGGUCAUACUUCAACAUGCAUCACAGAACUCACACGGGUGAGAAGCCCUAUGCAUGCAGUGAGUGUGGAAAAGCCUUUUACCAAAAGUCAGACCUCAGGAGGCAUCAGAGGAUACAUAACAGUGAGAAAUUACAUGAAUGUAAAGAAUGUGGAAAAGCCUUUCAAAAUAAGUCAUACCUCAAAACUCACCAGAAAGUUCACACAGGUGAGAAACCAUAUGAGUGUAAAGAGUGUGGGAAAGCCUUUCAAAACAAGUCAUAUCUCAACAAGCAUCAGAUAAUUCACACAGGUGAAAAGCCCUAUGAGUGCAAUAAAUGUGGGAAAACGUUUCAGUGGAAGUUAGUCCUCAGCAAGCAUCACAGAACCCACACAGGUGAAAAGCCCUAUGAAUGCAUUCAGUGUGGAAAAAUGUUUGGCUACAAGUCGUCCCUCAUUGUACAUGAGUUGAUUCAUUCUGGGGAGAAACCUUAUGAAUGUAAUGUUUGUAGAAAAACCUUUUCACAGAAGUCAAACCUAAGCCGGCAUCAGAGAACUCACCGACAUGGGGAGCUAUGAUAGGAACAGGUAUGGAUGCUCAGCAGCCAACUCACUGACUUGGGGAAGACAAGAUGAAGUCAAGGACGGGUCUGCAGCCUGUGUUCCUCUUGGGGUGUCAGACACUGCUGCAUACCAGGCUGGAAGCGUGAAAACAGUCCAGGAGGUGAAGGAGCUUGGUCUGGUUUGGAGUGAGUGACAGCGGGGCAGGAGAAGAGAGAGGUCUUCAGGAGUUGUAGUGUUAUGGCUCCUUUAGGUGAAGGCCUUGUCUGAGGCGAUCUUUAAUGGAGAAGCUCGCUGAGAUGAUCUUAGCUUGUUUGUAUUAUGUUAUUGGGGGUGGAUAGGCUUUAUUCUGGGUGAACAAGAGAUGAUGUCAUUUUGGGGAAGGGUGUGAGAAACUCCAGGAAGGAAGGUCAUUGGCUGACGGCUGAGGUUAUUGAGGUGCCUCAUCAGCAUGGCAAGGUGUUCCAGGUGCUGUGCUGUGUGACUCACUGCCUACGGCCACAUUAGUUACGGCUCAUGAUUACAAGCUCCAGAGUGGAGCAUGGAGGCAGGGAGGGGGCAAGCCUACUCCUGCUGUCUCAGAUCUCCCAGGUUCCCAGAGUUUGAGCAUACUUCCACCUCACCAGUCUCAUGCCCAUCUACUGGCAUGGUCCACCUGCCCUACAUCCAGAUAGACCUUUAAGCCUUAGAAU